AGUAUAGAAACAAACCGCAGAAUUGCUAUCGGCGUUUGGAAUGAAAGUGAUCAUCCGUGGGAAGCAAUUUCCGUGUAUUUUUCGUCUGGCACCUCAGAUAACAUCCUUCCACUUAAUGUUCCAAAAGGUACAAACUAGAUUAGUCUAAUUUUAAAAGCAUAACUCCUACCUAACUACUUAUCAGUAUAUUAUGCUUGCUGUUUAGCGCAGGUGUACGGCAUUCGGAUAGAUCCCAGACACGCAUCCAAUGUGUUGUGGGGGUAAGAGAGAAUUGGGGUUAGGUUGAGGCGCGCGGGAACUAAUGGGAAGAGACAAAGGAAUAAUAGCGACUUGCAGACUUCGUUUCAUAGAGCCGUGCAAAUUGCCACGGAGCCGUGCAGGUACUUUUCGUAAAGGUAAUGGCACUUUUCUGGUAUUUUUGUGGUCAAAAUCCUUUGUGACGAUGAUUUUAAUUUUUUUAUCAAAAAAAAAACGGUUUUCUCUAUGUAGCAAAAAGUAUUUGUUAUGCCGUUUCGCCUGCAUGGCGUGCGCGCUGGAAGAUUCCCGGGAAAGCAAUGUUGACUAUUUCGACAGUUCUUACAGUGAACUGUCGUUUGAAGGUUGGUAAUUCUUUUCUCUAUUUUUUCUCUUUCCUAACAAAGGUUACUUUUGAGGUAUCUCGCAGCACCAGUUCACACUAUAAAGUAUCUUUAUUCAGAAUACCCACAUUAAAGUUAUUCCAAUCAUUGCAGAUGCAAACAUUAGGUUUACUUCUACAUUAUUAAUAUCAAGCAUUAAAGCUAGCUCCCUCAAUGUGUUUAUUUUUAUUAGCCUCUUCAAGAACUAUAUUUUUAUACAAAUCUUGAAAUCAAAUGUAACAAAGGUAGGACCCUAGGUCACAGUUAAACAGUCGUUUAUUGUUAGUAAAAUUGUCAGUUGUCCAGUCGUUUUCUCGUAGUUAGUUUUGCUUGAUUCACGUCAGUAAGUCCUUUGUACGGUGCCGCUAACUGUUGAUUACAAUUCAGUAGCAUUUGUUCUAAGUUAGUAAACCAGCUUUCUAAAGAGAGUCGUUGAUGGUAGUCUGUAGAAUACGUAAUACAUGUCGCAGAGUCCCAAUCGAUUUGAUGUUUCGUCUGUAAAUGGUGCGCGGCAAUGUGAUUAUUGACGUCAUCAUUUGUCGUCGCUCGUUUGUGUUUAGUCAGUCGCAUGCUAAGGUUUCUGCCGGUUUCACCAAUGACGUAGCCUGGCAGUCGUAGCAAAUGAUCUUGUCCCUUGUCCCGGGGGGGAGGGGUACUUCCUUAUAAGAGGCUAAUGGGGAUGUGCCGCUGGAUGGUGUCGCAUUUUUAUGACUGGAUUGACUAUAAUGGGGUUACAUUUUCAAUAGAGUUACUACAGUGGGGUCGCACAUUUUCGGAUUUUUGGGGUAAGAAAGUUCUUCAUAUUUACGGUUAGCAAACGUACCCGAAUGUUUGUACUGUAGGUGGGAGGCAAUGAUAGUCUUUACACUAGAGCCUAAAUAAGCUAAGAAAUAUUUCAAGACAAGUAAAUUUUAAUUACUUCAAGUAAAAUAAAGCUUCACACACAACCGAUUCUUUUUCUUUCUUCUUAGCGGCUCUUAAGUCUUCAAACAGCCUAGUGUAAAGACAACCAAUGUGUUCUUUAUUCAAUUUUAAAAAAAUGGGUCAAUUCAUUUCAGGACUGGACCUAUUUAAAGGACUGAUAAGGUAGAUACAUGAAUAAAAAGUGACUGAGAUGGAAUCGCGAAAAUGACAUAUUUGCCCAAAAGUGACUAAGAUGGGGUCUAGAUUCGGCCAAGGAACAGACUAUAAUGGGGUACGGGCUCUGAGAGGCCAGCGGCACAUACCAAGUAAAAAUUAACCCAAGUUCCCCCCCCCCCCCUCCGCCCGGGGGGAUCUUGUAUAAUGCUCCCUGUCUGUCCUAUCAAAUGCUGCGAAUGCCAGGCUACUCGGAUCUUAAUUCGUUGUUAAAGUUACUUUGCAUUCGUACCAAUCUUAUGUCAGUAGAACUAGUAAACAAAAGACACACUUUUCAUUAUUGCCAAGAAAUAACCGUUACUAAUAUCAUAGGUGACGAAUUACUCCUUAAUUUUGGCGCAAAAUUUCAGCGUUAAUUUGUAAUUUCACAUGUGAAAUUACAAAAUUGCCAUGGCAACCCUUCCGUACGUCUCAGUGUCAAGAUGGUGACGAAGUUUUAAUUUAAAAUGCCGUGAAUGAAGAUGUCAGGGCACAAAAAGACGCUUUAGAAAACAAGAACACACAAGAGAACAUCAAGAAGGAUUCUAAGAGGUAUUUUGCGAAAAAGUCUGAAAAUUUAAGGUCUAAACAUUUGAGAGAGUGGAGUUCUCGAUCGAUACGAUCCAGGAUAAACAUGUCAAAAAUCCAAGAUUGCUAACGUAAUUCGUCACCCAUGAUAUUAAUAGGUAAUCAAAUGGUAUACUCGUGAAAUUAGGGAAUAAUUUCACGCGCGUUUUGUCCAAAUCCUAAUAAUUUCCCUCGCCUAAGGGCUCGGGAAAUUAUUAGAAAUUGGACAAAACGUGCGUGAAAUUAUUCCCUAAUUUCACUCGUCACCAUUUGAUUACACAUACCUAUCUGCUUGUUCUCAUUAGGUGAGGCCAUACUAUGGGGAGCUCGAAAAACUUCGGGACCUAUAGCUAGAGGAGCCGUUGGAGUCUUCACGUACUACAUACCAGCCUUAGACAAGACAUUAGCUAUCAUGUAUUCCGUUCCUUUUGAUUUCAACUUAUUCAGAAAUUGGUGGAAUAUAAAACUUUACAGCGGUCGCCGGGAGGCCAGUAAACAGACGUUCAGAGACAUGGAUGGUUACGACAAAGUGAAGGGUGAUAACGCCUGGCAUACUAGAAAUUUAGGUUCAGGAUUGUCUGUGAAGGGUGCGAUGGGGAGCACGGGUCAAUCCGAACUUGAGAUUAGGGUUGGGAUUGCAAGCAAGACAUGA